AUUUUCAAAACAUUGAAUACUGAGACUUGAGAGAGAUCCCAACAGAAGAAGAAGAGAGAGAUGAACCACCGGGACAAACAAAUUGAUUCCGGCUCUGGCUCUGGAGAAAACCGCCGGACUUAUGACUGCGACAUCUGCAAGAGAGGUUUCACGAAUCCUCAAGCCCUCGGUGGUCACAAUAACAUCCACCGCAGGGAACGCGAAAGAUACCCCUCCUCCUCUUCUUCUUCUCACUCAUUUCCAUUUUCUCUUCCGUUACCAUCUCAGUCUCCCUCCUCCUCCACAAACUUCACAAACCCUCCUCCUUAUUUUCCGACCAUUGAGUCAUACCUACACCAAGGGUCUCAGCCACCUAUUAACCCUAGCCACAACACACAAUACUUUGGAUCAUCAUCAUCAUCAAGAGGAGGAGGGAGAUUUGCUCAAGGGGCGUCUCAUGAUCUUAAUUUGAGCUUAGGGCUCGGAUCCAUGAAUGAAGAUGAUGACACUCACCGGAGCCCACCAGAGACCGGAGGUUCUCAACCUCAAGAUGGUGAUCUUGAUCUUGAUCUUCGACUCGGCGGUCAUCGUCAUCAUUAAGCUUGCAGCGGUUUCCCUCACGUUCGAUCCACGUAACCAUAUACAAUAUAUAUAUAUAGUUGAAAGUUAAUCACCGUAUAGUGCAUGAUGUUUAUUGUGGUGUUUAUAUAUGUUUUCAAUAUAUAUGUAGUAUGAUCAAAAUAUGUUGGACUUGGAGUCAUGUUUUUAUCAUGAUCGUAUGAAGUUUGGGUUUGUAUAAUUCAAGACUAUAUUUUUCACUUAAAAAUUAUAGAUCAAAUAGGUUAAUUUGAGUAAUGUUUUUGUUAUACCUUUUUCAAAAAGAAAAAAAAAUGUUCUUGUUGUCUGAAGUUGGGUUUGUAUAGUACAGGAUUAUUGUUCUUUUCCAUAACUAUAUAUUAGUGUAGAUCUAUAGAUCAAGUAGUUUU